AGGAAAAGUUAACUAUCUUUGUAAUGGCAGGAGGACGAGCAGCGGCUGCAGCUCUUACUUUUAGAGGAAGAGUGCAGGCUCUAUCUUCAUCUGGUUCAUUUGAAUCAGGAAAUGCAUUUCGGGGUUGGAUUUCAGGAGUUCUCGCCAUUCCUGCAGCAGCUUACAUGCUCCAGGAGCAAGAGGCACAUGCUGCCGAGAUGGAGCAAACUUUCAUUGCCAUCAAGCCAGACGGAGUUCAGAGAGGACUGAUUUCAGAAAUCAUAUCUCGCUUUGAGCGCAAAGGUUAUAAACUUGUUGCUAUAAAGAUUUUGGUUCCUUCAAAGGAUUUUGCCCAGAAGCAUUAUCAUGAUCUGAAGGAGAGACCAUUCUUUGAUGGCUUGUGUGAUUUUCUUAGCUCUGGACCAGUCAUUGCAAUGGUUUGGGAAGGUGAAGGAGUAAUAAAAUAUGGUCGUAAACUUAUUGGAGCUACAGAUCCCCAGAAAUCAGAACCUGGUACCAUCCGAGGGGAUUUGGCCGUUGUGGUUGAAAGAAAUAUAAUCCACGGCAGCGAUGGUCCAGAGACAGCCAAGGAUGAAAUUAAACUGUGGUUUAAACCCGAGGAGUUGGUUAGUUACACAAACAAUGCUGAGAAGUGGAUCUAUGGAGUCAAUUAAUGACAUUUUCUCGUUAUAUUUUUUUGAAGUCUUCUUGCAACAUAGAUCCCCAUGUAAAGAGUGGGUACUUAGAACAAAAUUAUCCAAAUAAUGCCAGUUUCAACAUUAUUCUGCGGGAAACCACCAGCCAAGCUUAAUCACUUGAAAUAAUGAACUACACACUUGUGACUCUUGCUUAUGGCAAUUUAUACCCUUUGUAAUAAUGUGGUUCCAAUUUCACAAGGCCUUUUCUGAUUGUUUCUAUAGAUUGUUAUGAAGUGUUAAUUUUUA